GGUAAUUUAGCUAAUGGGAAAAGAAUAUGUGAUUCUAGAGAACAAUACCAAUGAAGAAAAUGCCAUGUCUUUCCUAUUUAAGCUAUUAACUCCUCCUCCCAUUGCCAUCACUUCAAUUACCAAGCAACUAAAGAAACUUGAGAGAUGGCUUCUUCCGGUUUCAAUGCUGAACAAAUCAUCCUCUUGGUCGCGGUAGUCACCUCUCUUUCGACAUUCACUCAAGCCACAACGGUCGUCGUCGGAGGCUCCGAGAACUGGCGCUACGGCUACAACUACACCGAAUGGGCGGCCAACACCGCACCCUUCUACUUCCAUGACACCUUAGUGUUCAAAUAUGAUAACACAACAACUCACAGCGUUUACAUGAUGCCAAACUUGUGGAGUUACUUGCAAUGCGAUUUCGGUAAAGCAAAGCUUUUGGCCAAUACGACACAAGGGGAAGGUGAUGGCUUCCGAUUUGUGUUGAACCAGUGGAGGGUUUUCUACUUUGCUUCUGGUGAAGCCAAUGACUGCAAAGAUGGGCAGAUGAAGAUGGUUGUUGUUCCUUGGCCACGCUUUUAAAAUCAUAAUAUAACAAACGGAAGAUACACAGUGCUAUGAUCUGCAGUAAUAAAAUUGGCAAAUCAUUUGGGAGAGGCCAACUACAUUUAGUAUAAUAAACAAAGGGUUUGAACAUUAGGAAUAAAA